AUGCAACAUGAUCUAGGUCCCUCCAACACCUCCUCUGCCAAUGGCGACGAAAACCCCUCCUCACCUGCCCAGGCAGGAAGAAAGCGCAAAGCCACCUCCGGAUCUCGCGGUGUCGCUACCCUCACUCCUGACCAGCUAGCAAAGAAGAGAGCGAAUGACCGAGAGGCGCAGCGGGCAAUCAGAGAGCGGACCAAGCAUCAGAUUGAUAGUCUCGAGCGGAGGAUACAGGAAUUGACUGCGCAGCAGCCAUACCAGGAGCUGCAGAAUGUCAUCCGCCAGAAAGACGCUAUCCAAGCUGAGAAUGACGAGAUCCGGCGGAGGUUGGCUUCUAUCAUGUCCAUACUGCAGCCCAUAGUUGGUGCUCAGGGUUUGACUGGUAGGUGGUUACUAUCCCCGUUCAUGUCUAGAGGGCUAACUGGGUGUACAGAUCUCGCGACAGCAGCACAGAGCAAUGUACAUGCUGGCCCACAGCCGCAGAGCCACCCCUUCCCAAACAACGGCAUAACCCAUCCAGACCAAUAUCUAAGUAGCCAGCAACCGCCAGCCUAUCCUCAUCCGUACAGCCCCGCUGAAGCGGUAGAGAACAGACAGUGGACUGGUCAGCGAGAUGCCUUGACCGUUCAACGGGACAAUCUCCAACGUGGCUUAGAAUUGAAUGACGCCGGCGAGCGUCUGUCGUUCAAUUUCCUCCUGGAAAGCCUUGGCCAGCGCCCGGGAGACGCACAUCCUCAAAACACCCAGUCCUCUCCCUUACGCCAGUCAAAUUAUCCUCUCCCUGGUGAGCCUUCGCCACCACCCUGGACACAGCUCCCCAAGAAUGUUCCGGCCACCUGCCCCUUGGACGGCCUACUCUUGAACUUCCGCGAUGCUCGUCGACAAGAAGCAGCUGGGGACUCAUCAAGCGCGUUAUUUAAUCCAGCCUACCCAUCCGUCUCUUCACUUCUCAACCCGUCUGGUAGUGGAGGACGUUUCCCCGACCCCCUCUCGCAACUCAUGGCUGAUAUCAUCAGCAAAUUCCCCAACAUUUGCAACCUACCAGAACAAACCGCGGUUCUCUAUUGCAUGUUCAUCAACAUGCGAUGGCACAUCAAUCCAACCAAGGAGAAUUUUGAGCGACUCGUGGAGUGGAUGCGGCCGACACCUACACAGAUCUACAAUCCACACCCGGCAUGGAUCGACCAUAUCCCAUGGCCACGCAUGCGCGACAAGUUAGUAGCCAACUACGCAGACUACACCUUCGAGCACUGGUUCAUCCCCUUCACCACCGACCUGAGCGUCAAUUGGCCCUAUGAGGACAGCGACUGUCUGAUAUCAACCUCGGAGAAAGAAGAGACUGUCAUCAACCCAGCUUUCGAACGCCAUCUCCGACGUCUCGAAAAUUGGAGUGUCGGGCCGUCCUUCGCGGAAGCGUUUCCUGCCCUCGUCGACACGACGAGGAUCAAGGCCAGGGAUCACGCUUCGUCUACAACUACGAAUGCUCCCGCAGGCGGCAGUACGGUUGCAAGUGGGAGGAACAAAUCAAGCUAA